AUGACGGGAGCUGCGCGGAGGGGCAGCGAGGGGGUGUGCCGAAGCUCCGGAAGGAGCGGGGCCCCAGGGAGCGGAACAAGCGCCCAACCGCAGCCGACGCGCCGGGCCCGCCGCUCAAGGUGCAGAAUGGAGGGGAAAGGUCACGCGAACAGGGUUACUCUGGGCCAAAGUCCUCGGAUGUUGAGCCCUCGGCGUAUCGCAGCUCGAGGGGGCGGGGCGCGCACCGAGGAGGCGGGGAGAAGCGGAGCGUGCGCGCGCCCGGAGCCCGGAGCCGCAGGGGGAGCGGAAGGGGUGAGAUCGUGGCUCGGGGACGCGCCUGUCUCCCCACCUCGCGUGUCAGCCCCUAGCUGGAGCGCGAACCCUGCAGCGGGUACGCAAUGCACUGUUCUAAAUUCUGUAGAUUCGGAUGUGAGCAGGAGAGUCAAGGUUUUGGCCCGCGCCUUCUCCUCCUCCCACUCCCACGGAGCCUCCCUGCUACUGCAGCCGCUCGCAUUGUGGUUUCUGGCGUUACUAAUAAAUGAUGUCAAAGAAGUUAUUCAUGAUAAGAAAGUAAGGCAAUCUUCUACACAGGAGGAGAGUUUUAAAAAAAAAGCAGUUCUCUUCUGUUUAAGCAAAGACAAAAGAAAAAUUGUAGAGAAAGCAAAGCAGAACUUGGUGGAUGACACUAACGAUACUGUAAAAGACCCCCACACAUCUUUUGUGAAGUUGCUAUCUCUGAAUGAUUGCCAAUUUGCUUCAUACGAUACCACAUUCACAACAAGAGCUGGGAAAGAAGACCUGGUAUUUAAAUUCUGGGGUCCUGAAAGUGCACCUUCGCAAAGGGAGAUGAUUUAUGCUAGCUCUAAAGAUGCCAUUAAAAAGAAAUUCACAGGUAUUAAACAUAAGUGGCAAGUAGAUGGUAUGGACAAUAUUAAGGACUAUUCCUCACUUGGAGAGAAACUGAGAGGCAACACAUUAGUCUCACUUGAAGGAAAACCCUUAUAA